AAACCUCUUAAAAAUCUUGGGAAUUGCAAGCAGUUAGUUGAUAACUUUGAAAGAAAAUCAGGGUCUUCUUUAAGUAGAGGAGAGUGUAGAGAAAUAGAUUAUUUCAAACACGAUUUGUGCAAUGAUCAUGAUUUAUGCAAUGAUCAUAAUUCGUACAAUGAGUGUAAUUUGUGCAAUGAUCAUGACGAUCGUAAUAAUCAUGAUUUGUGCAACCAUCAUAAUGAUCAUAACGAUUAUGAUGAAUGUAAACCGUAUCCCAACCAUUGUAUAAGUAUAGGAUAA